AUGAAUGCAUUUGAGAUUAAAGAAUUUGAAGAUCAAUUUAGGAGUACGAUAUCUUUUAUUCCACAAGCAGGUUGUCUAGAAGAUGAACUUUGAAACUCAAAAAAGAUUGAGAAUAUUAUUAAAUCUUUGCCUAACAGAAAAGCUCCUGGACCAGAUAAUAUAACGAAUGAAAUAAUAAUAAAAGGAGGAGAUAUAAUGGUAGAAGCAAUAACACAUUUUUUAAAUACUUGCAGAAUUUAUGGUAUACCGGAUGUUGCAAAUGAAGCUAAGACUAUUCUUAUAUAUAAAGGUAAAGGAAAUCAUAAAGAAUUGAAGAAUCUCAGACCUAUAACAUUAAUGAACAGUUUUAUGAAGAUUCUUGACAAGGCUGAACUAAGAAAAAUUGAAAACAACGUUAAGAUCUCAGAUAGACAACAUGGGUUUAGAAAAGGAAAAUCAUGCAUAACACAAAGUUUCUUACUGAAAAAUACCUUAGAAUAUCGAAAAUAUUAUAAUAAAGGGAAAAAGAGUGAUUCAUAUAUACUUUUUAUAGAUUUUUCGAAAGCAUAUGAUUCUGUGAAUAGAACUAAACUCAUGGAAAAGAUAAAAAGUAAGAGAGUCACAGAUGAUAGUGGAAAAUCAAUCUCCCAGAUGAUUAAAGGAGAAAAGACUACCUUAAUAAUCAACGGAAAUGAAACAUUUAAAAUCGAUAUUACUAAAGGGAUUAGACAAGGAAGUGCGAUUUCUCCAUUAUUUAAUAUCUAUAUCGAUGAUAUUGAAAAUGUAACAAAAGAUAUUAGCCUAGAAUUAAUUAAAAACGAGAAUUUAUACUCAAAAAUAAAUUUUCAAUAUGCAGAUGAUACAGCUUUUAUUACAGGAAAAUGUGAGGAUCUACAGUCAAUUCUUAAUAAUCUUAAAAAAUGAACAGAGAAAAUAGUAUGGAUUUAA